AUGUUUACUACUGCUACUGCUACUGCUACUGCUAAUGCUACUGCUACUGCUACUACUACUACUACUACUACUACUACUACUACUACUACUACUGCUACUACUACUACUACUACUACUACUACUACUACUACUACUACUACUACUACUACUACUACUACUACUCUGGAAUUUGAUUUGAAACAAUCUAGCUUUACUACUAUGGCAUGGUAUUUCUGUUGUCUGAAUAGUUGGUAUUAUCAUCUCCAUGCAUUUCAAACUUGGGAUCAUUUUAUCUGA